AUGAGGCCUAAACAAUUGAUUUCUCAAGAAGGCAACAUAUCAGCUAGUCAUAUCACAUUCGCGUCUCACGAUUCACUUAAAGAAUCUCAUAUGCAUAGUCGGAGUACCCAUUAUGUAGCAAACAAACCAGUAAUUAUAAGCUUCAAGAUAGAUGUUUCUCAAACAUACAUGGACUUCACCAGUGCGACACUCUACGUCCACGGAACGACAACUUUGAGUUGGACUGACACGCGAAAAUCAUGGGUACCAUCAGACGGACAGGAUACGUUUGACGUGGAUGCUGCACUUAAUCCUGCAGAUUAUCGACGAAUUUACACCGGACUAUGGAUACCGAGCAUGAAAAACAAUUUUAAAAUGCUCACAUUCAAAGGUGCGCCGAACUUAUUUUCGGAGCGUUUGUCUUUCACGGCCACGGGUAGAAUAUCUAACGAAUUUCGGUUUAUUCUGAUGAUGUCUUGCCUUAUCAUGGACAUUGACUAUCCUUACGAUGUUUAUACCUGUUAUGAGAAGUUUGGUGAUUACGAGAUGAAUACUACCGAGCAGUAUACAUAUGCCCAGAACGCUGUAAACUUCAUGACGGUUUCUGAGAAUGCUAGCCGGCCCGGCCAUAAAAUAACGAACUAUACGUCGUACAAAUACGUCCAAGAUCUAGAGAAAUUCGACAAAAUACUGAAAGGAUUCUAUCCGGAGUCCAUUGAUAUUGGUUUCACUAUUCAACGACAUCAACCCAGACUGAUUAUAGAUCUAAUAAUUCCAAUAUAUUGUGUCACUUUCAUGGAUGCAUUCAUUUAUGUUUUUGGUUAUGGCAUGCAAAGAGCGUAUUUGCUGCCUGUAUAUAUUACCUUCUUUCCGGAUAUAUCUUCAAUUUAUACGCUGAGCCGGUUCCCGCAUAUUGCUCGAUGGUUCUUCGCACGACUUUUCUCCACAUCCGUCUGCCUGAUUGCAUUACUCUUCACCAAAGAACUUGCUCGAUGUUCGCGUCGUUUAGCUGCUAUCGUCAUCACAACCACAGUGUUUUACGGGAUUUUUUCAAUUCCUUAUGGAAUUUUUCUGUCGUCUUAGAUAUACUACAGAAUUUCUACGUUGUCUAUACUGUUCAUUUCACAUCAUAUUGUCAUG